GAAACCGCGGCAGGCUGCUGUUCCUUCGACUGUCCUCCGCAGACAGGGGACUUUUUUUAAAAAACCAAACAUCUCAUAUCUUCUCGCCAGCCGGACCCGACGCGGAGCUUUUUCUCUCAGAGGCAGCCUGCCAUGAGCAUCACACGGCUGGAGACCUGAGCAGUCGGUCUGGAAGAGGGGAAGAUGCCUCAUGGACCGCUCCAUCACCGCCAGUGCGCCAGUUCAGGGCAUCCCAAACGCCGAAUAACAAAGACAUGCCGAGGUUCAGCGUCAGAUGGAUGGUCGCGGUGCUGCUGAUUCUCGUGGUCGGCGGUGCCUUCUUCUUCUGCGAGUAUCUCAUCUACUUCCCGACCAUCCUCAAGUGCGCCUGGCCGAAGACCGGCCAUGCUCGCGGCGGAGAGGGCAUCGACGGGCAGCCGCUGGACUCCGCGGUCCGCGCCAUGGUGCUGUCGGACACCCACCUCCUCGGAGCCGUCGGGGGACACUGGUUCGACAAGCUGAGGAGGGAAUGGCAGAUGGAGAGAGCUUUCCAAACCGCUCUGUGGCUGCUCAGGCCCGAAAUUGUGUUUAUUCUCGGGGAUAUCUUCGACGAAGGCAAGUGGAGCACGCAAAAGCACUGGGAGGACGACGUGCGCCGCUUCCACAGGAUGUUCAGGCAUUCCACUGACACAGAACUGGUUGUGCUGGUUGGGAACCACGACAUCGGUUUCCAUUAUGAGAUGGACUGGUUCAAGCUGCAGCGCUUCGAGAAGGUUUUCAACGCCUCCUCCACCAGGAUCGUCACCAAGAAGGGAGUCAACUUUCUGCUGGUGAACAGCGUGGCCCUGCACGGUGACGGCUGCCCCAUCUGCCAGUCGGUGGAGAAGGAGCUGAUCAAACUCUCCAGAGACCUCAACUGUUCUCUUCAGAAUUCGCAGGCGAGCAGCGGAGUGACGGACAGCUGUGAGGGCUCGCAGGUCUAUCCUCCCACACCCCCCAUCAUGCUACAGCACUAUCCUCUGUACAGGGUGAGCGACGCCGGCUGCACAGGACAGGACGCCGCGCCGCCUGCAGAGCGACACCUGCUGUUCAGGGAGAAGUAUGACGUGUUGUCUAAGGAGGCCUCACAGAGGCUGCUGCAGUGGUUUAAGCCCCGCCUCAUCCUGAGUGGACACACCCACAGCGGAUGUGAGGUUCUCCAUGACAACAAGUACCCAGAAAUCAGCGUGCCGUCCUUCAGCUGGAGGAACAGGAACAACCCCAGCUUCAUCCUGGCCUCAGUGUCACCUGGCAGCUACGCUCUGUCCAAGUGUUUCCUGCCGGAGGAGAGCACGGUGAUCGGCGUCUACUGCUCGGCCGGCGCCUGCCUGCUGCUGCUCUUCCUGGCUCACUGUCUCUGGAUGAAGGGCCUGCUGCAGUGCCUCAGCCUCUUCCUGCUGGGGAAGCACAAGUCCCUGUGAACUACAUUACCCAGCGUGCCCCUGGACAGCAGAGCGGGUAAAUAAUGCGAUGUGAACCCGAACAGUUUAAAAGAAUCUGCCCGUUCAACCUCGAUUUGUGUGUCACUGUGAAGGACAUGAAAAUACCUUAUAGAUGUCUUUCAAGGACUUACUCACUCCAGAUGAUGAUGAUGAUGAUGAUGAUGAGGUCAUAGCCGGGGAUGACAGUUGCAGAUGUGUGCCAUAAUCAUCACUGGUGUUUUUAGGAGGUUUUUAAACACAGAAAAGUAAAAGUUUUCCUCUUUCUGGCAGAAUCAUUAGAAAGUUCACACACGCGGAGUUCAGUCAGACAAAUCCAACGAGUACAUAUGUAAAUACUAACUGUCCCUGGUCUGAUUUAAGGUGGUAUAGUUUCAAGGUGGUUUAUGUCUCCUCACUCUGAUGUUAGCUGUGAUCUGAUGUAAACACCCACCCCGAUUGUCUCACCAGCUGUUUGUUUCUGUCGUUGGUGUUCAAUGAGCCACUCGUUCCUCGCUGUUUUUAUGAUACAUAUCUGAGUAUAUUUGCCGAUGACUUUCUGUGCCAAAUGUUUGUGAGGGUUUUGCCAAAUUGUUUCAAUUUUAUUCGAAUUUAUGAUGAAUUGUACAUAAUAAAUCAGAAUCUUAAGGUCUGUUUUAGAGCGUAAACUCAAGGUCGAUGUGCACUUUGACUCUGUGUUAUGAAGAACUGUCACUUUAUGGAUGAACUAUUAAAUAUCAGGGAAUGUUUCA